AUGAAACUCACCGUCCAGCUUUUAGCCGCCUCGUUUUUGGCCCAAGCAGCGCUCGGUUUCCAGUGCUCUCACAACGAGCUCCUUAAGAAGUACAACGUCGACAAGUACACCAUCACACAUUCCAGCAGCAAAGAUACCCCUCCCAGCACCACGAAUGAGGAAUGGUGGAUCAACAUCUGUCAAGAAAACUCCGCUAGCGCCCCGGAGGGGUGCCAAAAAAACGAUGUUUUAUGUGGGAAGACCAAAGUGACCCUGAAUGACGACAAAGAUAAAGAUAUUCUCACGCAGUUGAUCGAUUUCCCAGAAUCAGUUUCAUCGGGGGCCAGUGAGAACGACAAGGGCGAGCUCGUGGUUGAGCUCAAAGACGCGAAAUGGGGUUCCAACUCCAUCAAUGCUCGUCUGACGUUUAUCUGCGCUUCUAACAAGGAAUCCAGCGUGACGUCUGUGACAUGGCAGAACAAAGAGGUCCAAAUGGUCAUCGAGGGCGACGCUGGGUGUAUCAAGAAAGAGGGUGACGACAAAAACGGCGACAAUGGCGGAGGAAACGACAACAACGACAACAAAGAUGACAAAAACAAAAACUCCGAAAAGAAGGGCUCCUCGAGCCUUGGAUCCUGGUUUCUAUGGCUCAUAACGUACGCACUGUUGUUUGCACUAAUAUAUCUACUCGCUACGUCCUACAUGAGCACUCGGGGCGGCAACUUCCGCGAGUUCCGCGAAGAGUUUGUGGACCGGUCGACGAGCCUUGCAAAGUCGUUGCCCCAGUUCACCAAGGAAGUGGUUGCAAAAGUCGUGGGCCGGUCCUCUGGGUCGCAAAGAGGCGGCUACAGUGCUGUUUGA